AUGAACAACCAGGUGUUGGAGCAGAAGAUAAUCAAUGAGGAGUAUAAGAUAUGGAAGAAGAAUGUACCGUAUCUUUACGACCUUAUGUUCUGCCACACUCUCCAGUGGCCGUCUCUUUCUGUGCAGUGGUUUCCGGAUGUGAAGAGAGACGAGGAGGGAGGAAGGACAGUGCAAAGGUUGUUGCUGAGUACCCAUACAAGCGGAGUGGAAGACGAGUAUAUAAUGAUUGCCCAGGUUGAGUUUCCCGACGAAUUUGACGAGUCUCAGAAUGAGGAGGUGAAUGGGGACAUGAGAUUCAAGAUUGUGCAAAGGAUCUCGAUUAUGGACGAGGCCAAUAGGGUUAGAUACAGUCCGUUUGCAUGCAAUGUACUGGCGGUACGCUCUGAUCUUUCGGAUAUACAUGUUUAUGAUUACACAAAGCAUCUUUCACAUGAGAAGAUUCCAAGGCCUGAUAUGGUUCUUCGGGGGCACGAGGGGGGAGGUUUUGGAUUGUCAUGGAGUCCUCAGAGCUCUGGGGAGCUUGCAAGCUGUGGGGAGGACAAGCAGAUAUGUGUGUUUGAUAUAUCCCAGGAAUCUUCUUUAAUUUCUCCCACAGUGGUAUUAAGAAGACACAGAAUGACUGUCAACGACUGUUCGUUCAGCUUCCUAGACAAAGGUCUUCUCUCAUCUGGAGGAGAUGAUGGGAUGGUGGUGUUUUGGGACACGAGGAGUAGAGAUUGCAUACAUGCCAUUGAGGAAGCACACACGUCUGAUGUUCUUUCUGUAAGGUUUUCGCCCUUGGACGGGAAUAUUGUCUCUACAUCAUCUGGAGACAAAUCUGUGAAGGUGUGGGAUAGGAGGAAUCUGGAACAACCACUCCAUAUUCUCCUGGGACAUUCGAAGGAGGUGUUGAGCACAGAGUGGUCUCCUCACGACAAAGGGAUACUUGCAUCUGGAAGUACAGACAGAAGAGUAAUUAUAUGGGAUCUGAAUCGGAUUGGAGCAGAGGUGUCUGAGGAGUACAAGGCAGAAGGACCUCCCGAGAUGAGGUUUCUUCAUGGAGGACAUACAAGCACUGUAUGCGACCUCUCUUGGAACCCUGCAGAGCCCUUUGAGAUUGUUAGUGUCUCUGAAGACAACAUGUUACAGAUAUGGCAGGUGCCGCGGACCGAAUGA